AUGCACACAACAUUUUUCUUGACCGACAACAACAACAAAAAAGACAUGGAGAUGAACCAAAAAGCCGAUGAUUCCAGCACCAACGAGGAAGAUGAGUCCCUUUUGCACAUAGUAAACCGCUUAAGUCACGGUACAUAUAGCGAUGCAGAGCUUGCGAAGCUUUCUGGGCUCAGGUCCGCUCAUGUGUCACAGACCGAGACCACCUCCUCUCUCCUGGAAGCAUCACAAAAUCUCAGUGGGUCAGUACCAUCUCCUUCCAGUGAUCCAUAUGUCCAUAGUGAUGGACAGAAUCAAGUCAAUAAAACAUCAUCAAUCAGUGCUGAGUCGAUCAGAGUUGAUGUGGAAGCUCGAAUGAUGCUCAAGGAUCAACUCAUUGUCGGUGAAGCAGCAAUGUACCAAAAGGAUCGAUUGGUGUGUGCCGGGAGUGUCAAAACACAAAACAAGGAUCAAGCUGUCUUGGACAAGGCAGGGAUAAACCAAGGGAUGAAUCAAGGAGAUCCCCACAAUCUGGGAGGGAAUAGACCCAAUGGUUUAUGGUCAGCCGCCCAGAACCAGGAAGAAACAGGCCUUAUGAUUCCGGGAGCGUAUGCAGUGGCGCCAGAAGGACUGCACAUAUUUGCUAUGACCCCAACUGGUACAGGCGUGGAUGUAGCCCGAGAUGUGCCAAUACCACCAGAACCAGCCCCAGAUACACUCGAGGAUGGACUUCCCGUGGCCAACGAAGUAUCUGAAAAUUUGGAUCUGCCCGUGGCGGACUUGGAUCCAACUGGACAAGACAGCAGCAGAAGGGCAGAAAGGAAGAAGCAAUCAAUCAUGCUGCCGGCACUAUUGUAUGGUAGCUGUGUUGCUGCUUUUGUCAUUGUUGUGGCUUUGCUUGUCAAUGCUGGUAGAAACAACGGGGACACAUACAGUGGUGUGUCUGACCCCACCUACUCACCACUCCCUCCAGAAAAUGCCAAAAAUCUGUCUGAUGUGGAGCUCCUUGUUGUGGAUGCUUUGUCCAAUCACACUCUGGAAGCACUGGAGGAUCCCAACUCUCCCCAGUCCCAUGCCUAUGAGUGGAUGCUGGAAGACUUGGACGAAAACAACUACACCCACACCAGCAGGAUCAGGCAAAGGUAUGCCCUAGCCACUCUCUUUUAUGCUACAGGCGGGCAUGAUUGGUAUAACAAUGAGAACUGGUUGAAUCAAUCAGUUCAUGAGUGUUUUUGGUUCUCCCAAGAGUGCACCAGAAAGGAGGAUUGCACUCCAUGUGGCAUCCCACCCAACUUGCUCAACAGCUCCAACCAAGCUGUCCACAUGGAAUACAACCCUUAUCAACACCUCUUGCUCUAUUCGAAUGCUCUGCAAGGCACGUUGCCACUGGAACUCUUCUGGUUAGCAAACCUCAAGACCAUUGACCUUUUCCAGAAUACUGAUCUAGCUGGAACUAUAUCGUCCCUAGUUGGGAGGUUGAGCCAGUCGGAACACUUCGGAAUGGAAGUCACAAUGAUAUCUGGAACAAUCCCUACAGAGCUGGGCCUUUUUUCUGAACCUUACCAGAGGAACUGGGCGAUGCCACCAGUUUGGAUUCCCUAG